CCCCCUACUUUCAGUUGGGUACGCUGCUUUUAGAAACAAAAUCUAGACUAUUUCCUUUCUAUGUGAAUAGUGCUACUAUUUUUCUUUCCAAACAACUGACGCCUUUCACUUCAUGUGGGAUUAAAAAUCUUAAUUUCCCACCUAACCAGCUCCCCAAAAUGUCUGACGAGGAGGAGCAAAUGAGGGCUUUGUGAUGUUUUACUUAGAGACUACGAGCCAGAGCAAAAAGGACCUCUGUUCUCCAUAGAGGAAAUGGGCGUUCUCCUUGGAAAUUUUGGAUGAAGUUAUUGAAAAACAUAAGGGGGGUGUGGUAAGGCUAGAAAAGAGAGGACCAGUGAGAGGGGCACAGAGUCAUAGAGAAACUCCUGAGACUGGAUUCAGAGGAACAGGCAAAACCUGGGGAAAUUGAAAAAUGGCAUGCCUGCUUAUGUUUGUGACCCUGCUGCAUCUUAUCACACUGGCCAUGCUGUUCAUUGGAACCAUGGAGAAGUCCUGGUGGGUGUGGGAUGGCAUGGAGAACUCAGACCUAUGGUACAACUGUAGGUUUGACAACUUCACAGGAGCCUGGUUGUGUGCAUCCUCCAAAAAAACUGAGUGGCUUCAGACAGUGCAGGUCCUGAUGGUUCUCUCAGUAGUCUUCUCUUCCAUUUCCUUCUUGGUGUUCCUGGGUCAGCUGUGCACCAUGUCUAAGGGUAGACUCUUCUGUGUCACUGGGCUAUGUCAAGUCUUUGCAGGUCUGAUGGCCUUUUCUGCAGCGCUCAUCUACACAUUACACCUUAAGGAAAUCCUUCAGGAUUCCAGAGAGCUGACUUCAGGACACUUUGGCUACUGCUUCAUCCUGACUUGGGUGUGUGUCCCUUUGUUGCUGUGUAGUGGUGUCAUAUACGUCUGCCUAUGUAAGAAAGAGUGACCAGAAAAAAGGAAAACAAUAUCAACAAUCUUAUUGUAGAAAAAUAAAUAAAAUGAGCUGAUGCUGCUUAAUAUGCAAUGGUAAUUGUGCAGGUGUCACAGAGUCACAAAUGCCUACGUUAGGAUUUUUACUCAGGCUUGGGUUAAUAUGAUUAUAUUUCUGAAUUGUAUACAUCUUUAUUGGAAGAAUUAUCAGGGAAUAAUUGCUUAUCUCUACACUCAUCCAAUAUAUAUAAUGGUAACCAUCUGUUUUAAGACAUUUUUAAUAGAAAAAGGUUACGUAAUCCCAUGCUUUCUGGGGUUGACCAUUUGGCAAAUACAAAAGCCGCAUUUUGUUUUGUUUUAUUGUGUUGUGGACAUUAUGUGCAUGUUUAUUUUUGUACCCAAUACAUGUAUAUAAUAUAUUUAGUAGCUGCUCAUAAUAAAUACAGCACCACACAGAAAACAUAAUGUGUGCAAGUCCAGUGAAUGUAACCUAUUUCAUCCUGCUUUUUUCAUUUUAUU